AACUCCAUCUGUCAUAUGCCUGACCGGUCGGGAAUAUUUUUUCCGCGAGAGCGAUCGAUUUUAAAUCCAUUAUUAAUGUCUAACACAAUCAAAAAUCUAUUAAUGCAAGCUAGAAAUAGCUAUAGGAGAUUCAUAGAUAUGAAUAAGAGCAGCUAUUGGAAACUACAAAUGUGCGGCACUGAGGAAGAAAUGAGGGAGGUGGCUGGCAGGAUCUGCAGAAACUACCUGCACGGAGCCUGGAAGACUGUAGACCCUAAGGAGCUGGACUUUAAGAGGAUCAGUGGAGGCCUUUCAAACUUCCUCUACUACGUGGCUCUCCCCGACGACACCUCAAAAUGGGGGACCUAUCAGAAGCGCGAGAGCUCCCCGGAUGAUACAGACCCCGACAGCCUCGAGAAUAGGGCUGCCAGGAAGUCCAGCCAGGUGGUGAAAUGUAGCUCAUUCUCUUCACUUGAAGAACCUAGGAAGGUGCUACUAAGAAUCUACGGCCAAGUACACGGCGAAAGAGCAAUGGACGCUAUAGUGACGGAAUCAGUAAUAUUUACCCUACUGUCGGAAAGGAGACUCGGGCCGCGUCUACACGGCGUAUUCUCCGGGGGAAGAAUUGAAGAAUAUAUACCUGCCCGGCCCCUCCUAACAAAAGAACUGGCAGACCCCUCGCUGUCCAUGAAGAUUGCUGAGAAGAUGGCAGCCAUCCACUCCAUGGAAGUACCUCUGAACAAGGAACCCAACUACUUAUGGAAGACCAUGUAUAAAUGGCUGAAGACGGUCAAGGAGGAACGGCUUUCUGGCACCACUCAGGGGAAGAACGAGGAAGAAGAGCGUAUAAUCAAGCAGCUGAAGAACACAGACUUGGAGAAAGAGUUAGAGUGGUUGAAGAAAUUCCUCGCGACUGUUGAGUCGCCUGUCGUGUUCUGUCAUAAUGAUUUGCAGGAAGGCAACAUCCUCCUAGCAGAAGACACUCCCCCCCUGACAAACGAGGAAGAUGUAUCAGCCAUCUACGUCAGGAGCUUCGAGUCUGACGACACCUCAUCCAAGGUCAACAGCGCCAAUAAGGAUAACUUCGAAAUCGCAUACGAGGAUGCUAAUACCUCCGAUACAGUUUUAAGCCACAUUUCCGACUGGGGUGAGCCGAAACUAGUUUUAAUAGAUUUCGAGUAUUGCGCCUACAAUCAUAGAGGAUUUGAUAUCGCCAAUCAUUUUCAAGAAUGGGCGUUUGACUACACGAACCCGGAACAUCCGUUCUAUUUUGAAAAUCAGGACUUUACGCCCAGUUUGGAGCAGAAGGAAAUAUUUAUCCGCGAGUAUCUGAAGCACUACCAGGCCGGCAGUCCGGACAAGUCGGAGGCCACGUUGGACGAUGUGAACAAGCUGCUCGACGAGGUCGAGGCGUUCGCUUGUGCCUCGCAUCUGUUCUGGGCUCUGUGGUCUAUCGUUAAUGCCUCGAAGAGUCAGAUACCUUUUGGUUAUUGGGAAUACGCCCUAUCAAGACUAGACAACUACCUAAGACUAAAACAGGAGGUUAUCAAAAAAGACAAAUAUGGUCUCCCACAAAAAAGGAAAAUUUGCGAAGUCGACAUAUGAGAGGGAACCCAAAAACUCGCGCUGUAGACCUCACACCGUGAGGUCUCACGACGCCGAGAGAUCAGACCUUUACGAGGUCCAAAAGACCCCUUAAAGGUCCUAAGGUAAGACUCAGGAUUAACGAGUUUUUUCUAAGUGAUGAUGGACUUUCGAAGUCCGAUGGACUUUGAAUUUUGGACCUCAAGAGGUCUUGUGUUUGAAAGUCGGUUUUUUAUGGACUUUUUAAGAGACUGAUCAUGGAUUUGUGUUUAAAAGAUGGCGGAUUAGUAAAAGUCUAGAUUGGAGUUUUAGAGGUCCGAAAUUUGACUGUUUUUGUCUUUAUAAAUAAUGGGGUGAAAUCUAGAGGUCCAAACUGGACUUUUACAAGUCUUAGACCCAAGGAAUUUUGGUGUAAAUAUGUAUAGUGAAAAAGUAAACAAUUGGUUCCUUAAGAUCCAGUAUUCUUAACCCAUAUUAGAUUUUACAUUUAGAGGUAAAUUUCACUUUAAAAACCUCACCAAGUCCAAAAAAAUUAAAAACUACCCGCUUUUUGAAAAUUUCCAAGUACCCAAAUAACUUAUUCCGUUAGUUCUAGACACUUGAGAUCUGCAUAUCCUAGCGAUAGAGUAGCUUUAUCGAAAAGUUUAGCAAUUUCGGAUAAUCUCGAAUUUUAAGUACAAAAAUGUGUUUGCAUGUUGUUUAUCGACUUCGGAAUUUGCGAAAUUUGACUGAAUUUGUAAGAAUUGGCGCUUAAUAGACAAUAUUUAAGAUUAUUUAAGCUAUUAUAAAUUAUAAGUAAUUAUAAACUUAUAAAUAUACUAGCUGUACCGGGAUAAAAUAUCGCCUGUGUUACUCGGGAAGAGUGUAGCUUUCCAACAGUGAUAGAAUUUUUCAAAUCAUUUCGGCAGCAUUUAGGGUACCUCUUUAUAAUAGUAUAGAUAAGCAUAUCUGUUAUUACAAUAUAAUUAAUUUGUAUUGACAAUAAUUAUGACAAAACUUUCAAUCAGUGAUUGUGAUUGUGAUGUGACAUUUAAACUACUUAAAGAAUAGACCGAUUUCAAUGAGAUUUACACACAAAGAUAGCUGUCCUUUUUCUGACAAUGUUGCCUAUUUUACGCCUCUUCUUAAAUGGAUAUGUUACUUAAAAUAAGGAUCUCUAAAAAUGAGUGCGUUCUUAAUAAAAAUACCAAAAAAUAUUGAAAAAAAAAAUCACAAGAAAUAACCUCUCUUGUACGUAAUAUAGGUCAAUGUAAAAAUAUUACAAAAUAUUAUUAUUACUUACUUAAAAUUAAUGUUUAUUAUUGUAAAAUGUUUAAAUUGUUUGAGAUUCAAAAUGCAACUUUAGGUUUAUAAAUAUGAAAAACUUAUUAAUAAUAAAAAUUAGUGUGUUAUUUAAUAUGUCCCGACUUUUGUAAUUUCGCUCUUAAUGUACCAAAAAUAUGACUUUUUAUUCAUACUACCCGUACUUUUAACAACAUUUAUUUUUAAAUUUCGUAAUUGAAAUUGCAAAUUGACUUCCCAUAUUUUUUAAACAUAAUUUUUUUUCACCAAAUCUAUAUGAAAACAAGCAAAGCUGAAAAUUUUGAAAAAUGGCUGAAUCUAUAUGGGUGAUUUUUCUUAAUAAGAUACUAGUUUGUGCCCGCGGUUUCACCCGCGUUCCGGAUAGUGACAAAAAAUAUUAUAUGUCCUUCUGCCGGGUCUAGGCUACCUCUCUAAUUUUCAACUUAAACGGUUCACCCAUCCUUGAGUUAUAAAUAGUGUAACUAACAAGACUAUCUUUAUUAUGAUAAAAAUAUCGAAAUUCAAGUAAUAUUUUUGGUAAUUAAAAUCGAAAUUAUAGUAGCUGUAUCAAGCUCAAAUUGUUAGUCAGGUCAACAUUGUACAUAAUUAUAAUUAGGCUAUUAAAUAAAGUCGGGAAGCAAACAUAUGUUAUGAAUACAAAAUUUAAUAUAUAAGUUACAUUAUCACACAACAGUAAGUCUAAUACCAAUCUAACCAAAGGGUAUUGGGUUGCCCGGGUAGCUGGGUUGAGGAGGUCAUGCAGUCGCUCCUUGUGGCACACUGGUACUCAGCUGCAUGCGGUUAGACUAUAAGCCGACCCCAACAUAGUUGGGACAAGGCUCGGAGGAUGAUGAUGAUGACAUUUACACAACAUAAGUGUCAGUCGGUUAUCUGAUAGUUAACGCUAUCUUUCAGAUAAGGCUGCUUAUAAUUUCUGCCAGAUAUUUAAGUUAAAGUUUAUCUGUCAGAUAAGUUCCUGAUAGGAUAUCAGAGACUUUAUCAGUAACCUAUGAAACUGGUCAUAACUUGACACGCAUGGUGUCAUAAUGUAACUUUUAUACUAAAUUAAACUUAAAAUAUUACAAGUGUAAAUUGUCUAGUUCAUAAGUGAUGUGAUUUUAGAUUAUAAGUAAGCAUCUGCGAUGCGGUUGGAACGAAUGAAUUUCUUGUAGAAAAAAAAAACAUUAAAAUUACAUUCCUAUCCAUAUAUUUAUUGUGUAUGAAAUUAUUGACAUUUGUGUGUAUUUUACCUGACUAUUAAAAUGCCCUGAAAAUUGAUUUGCAAUUUGAACUGUUUGAACUGAUUGGCGCAUCACUGCGCUAAAGUUGCGCAAUGUUUGCGCAAUAAACAAAGGCACAGCAUAUCCUAGUAUUUGCUAAAUUAGUGUAAAAUUAUUGUGCCUUUGAAUCGUGAAGCUUAUCUAUUGAAAUAAACAGUGUUUUGCAUAACACUGACUGAUUAGAAGUUUGCUAAAAUGUGUACUUAAAAUUAAAAAAAAAUACUAUUAAUUUCGGUAUAUUUUGAGUAUAAUCAUGUGAAAAAUAAGAACACUAAUUAUCAAAAAAACAUUAAGGAUUUUGUAAAUACGUCUGAAUUUCUGCAAAAAUGACCAGAAAAUUAUGAAUUUGUACUUACAAAAAAAUGCAUUUGACAUUACUUAAAAGCGACCUGAAAUAAUAUUUAAAAAUGUAUGACAAAAAAGCGAAAAAUUCUUUCGACAUAUGCAAAAAUAAAUGUGAAAAAUCCUGUCGAGAAAAUCAGACGUUAAUGAUCAUAAUUAUCUGACUUGAAUAUUUGUACGUAAAUGAUACAUAAACCUUUCCGUACACAACUUUUAAACAUCUGUUGAACACUUGUUGAAAUGAAGGUCCGUUUUGCAACCACCUUUUUUUAGACAAGUGUUCAACAGAUGUUUAAGUUUUUGUAGUAAGGCUGUUCAUGUUUUGUAAUGAAGAACAAAAAUAAGUGGAUAAGACAUAAUAUUAUGAACAUUAAGAGACAUACUACAGACUAAACAGUCGGCCGAUGGUUGGCAAACAUUUUUUUAACGAAAAUCUUGAUUCCAAUCAAAGUUUUCAGUCGGUCUGAUACCGGCUAAAUACCUGAUCUUUGUAAUGUGCGUACUACCAUUCAUCUUCACACUGAUUUAUGAGCACAAACAAACUAUCGGCCGACCAAAAGUUUGCAGUGUUACUUGGCGCGAAAUAAUAUCCUGGAUUUGACUAUCUUAUACAAUCUUCAAAUUAUUAUACCAUCGAAAUAAAGAUAGGAUUUUAAUUUAUAUAAAAACUAGACAUUUCCGGUUUCACCGACAUCCCGGGGGAACUUCUUCCAUUACCAGGGCAAAAUAUAGCCUAUGUUACUCGGGAAGAGUGUAGCUUUCCGACAGUGAAAGAAUUUUUCAAAUUCUUUAAGUUCGGAUCCUUUGGGUGAACUUAUUUAAUCCUAUGUUUAUUUCGAUAAUAUAAUACUUAACAGUACG